GGCGUCAGUGUCACAGUGAGGGAGAUAUUAGGGUCCCCUCAUAGGUGAGGUACUGAGGAGUCAGUGUCACAGUGAGGGAGAUAUUAGGGUCCCCUCAGAGGUGAGGUACUGAGGAGUCAGUGUCACAGUGAGGGAGAUAUUAGGGUCCCCUCAGAGGUGAGGUACUGAGGAGUCAGUGUCACAGUGAGGGAGAUAUUCGAGGGGACACUGCCUGUAUAGGGGAUGGGGAUAGAGUUGUUAUUUUGUACUUUGUUUAUUGCUAUUAGCAACAGACAUUCCAGGGCUCGGGUUUCAUGUUCAGUAUCACUUCCUGGUCUGGACUGAGGCCCUGACUUUUAGUCAUUUACAGGAAGUGCUCACUUGUACAUCAGCCUAUGGGCCACAUAAUAUUCUCCCCAGAACAAGACAAGGCGUUUAUAGCUUUCCUGCAGGCAAAGAUCAUGCAACAGUUCCCAUUUCAUUUCAAGGAGGAGACCUUUACAUUGACAUUAAAAAUGAGAGAAGAGGACAAGAGUGUAAAUCACACAUUAUUUUCUCUAGAUCCCUGUAUAAAAGAAACGUAUCUGAAUGACUCGGCUUUCACUUGCCCAGAGCCACAUUACAGGCCAACAUUCUUGGACCAACCAAGCGAGAUCCCCAGACAGCCUUGUAUAAAAGAAACCUAUCUAUAUGAUUCAACUGUCAUUCGCCCACAACCACAUUACAGGCCAAUACUGUUGGACCAACCUAGCGAGAACCCGAGACACCCCCGUGAAUCAUAUUUCCAGUCACCUCUUCUGUAUGACUCGACUUUCAGUCCCCCAGAAGCACAUUCCAGGCCAACGUUGUGGGGCCAAACUAGUGAGAACCCAAGACAGCCCUUUAUAAGAGAAACGUAUCUGCAUGACUCAGGUCUCGCUUGCCCACAGCCACGUUACAGGCCAACACUGUGGGACCAACCUAACAAGAACCCAAGUAGUCUUUUCAUGAAACCACAACUGGACAUCUCAGGCAUGAAAUGCAGUGACACUGUGUACAGAACAAGCCCUGUUUGGGCUGAUCCAUCAACCACAGGGAUACACAACUUGCCUGUCCUCAGUGAGGUGUUUGGAACAAAGAAGAAGAAGAAAACCAAACAUAACAAUAAAAGAGCGGAUGCUGUUACUCGCCAUAUAGAGGAUAUUAAAAGGAGGCAGAACAAGAUAGACAAUGUUGAUUUCUUGAAGAACCAGUUGGACAUUCCAGGCAUGAUAUCUAGUAAAACUGUAUACAGAACACCUCCUGUUUGGGCUGCCCCAUCUUCUACAGGUCUAGGGCCAACUCCUGAUGAGCCUUUUGGAGAGAAUAAAGGAAGGAAGAAAUACUGUGAUUUUAAAAGAGUGAAUCCUGUAUUUCAUCAUCUAGAUGAGCAGAAAAGGAAUCAGAGCAAGUUAGACAAGAUGAAGAAAGUUACCUGGGGUGAUGACGGCACAUCUAGUAAGUCCAGCAUGAAAGUGCCUACUGAUACCUACAGUUAUCAACCAGAGGACUUUCCAUUCCUCCCAAAGAGAGAAGAUCCAGAUUUCUCUUCCUUCGGCAGCUCAGCGCUAAUCACUCACGUUGAGGAUUCAUUCCUAGGGCACAGCCCAGCAGAAGAGCUUCCCUGCACUCAUGUAGAGCAGAAGAUGAUGUGGUCCUGGCCCUAUGUAGCUGAGGAAUAGUUACCCUUUAUCCUCUGGCUGUUAAUGACAGCACAACAUACUGCACUCCCUCUUAUCAUACACUGACAUUGUUUAUGUUGAACAUUUUAUUACUAUAACAUUAUACGAGUUAAGAAGGUGACUUUGUUCUCUGCUAUAUAUGAGGUUGGACGUUAUAUUAUGAUUAAAAGGGCUUGUUCACCCUUCCAUCACUUUUUUUCAGUUCAGUUGGUUUCAGACAGUUCCUCAGACUUUUCCCAUCACUUUUUCUAUUUGUGAUCAUUUUUCUAAUAUUGAAGUUUAAAGGAGAAGAAAAGACUGAGUAUAUUUUGGGGGUGCCAAAGGUUAGGCACCCCAAGUGAUUAUAUUUACUUGCCUGAAACGCCGGUGCUCCUAGCGAUUGGAUUCCUUCUUCUUCUUUAUUCCCGCGAGUGCACAUGUGCAGUAGAGCGAAAAGGCAAAUAUUAACGAAGAAGUUGCUA